AUGAGCAAUAAAAGCGAAGAGCGAACAGCCAUAUUAGCAGUGAAUCCCCCAACCUACAUGCAUCAGACAAACCAGGCUGAGUAUCGUGGACAAUCUGAAUACCAGCCCAAGGAAGGGGACGCUUGUCGGGCAUCAGCAGCCGUGUGUGCGCAUAUGCAAGUGCAUAACUGGAACAUGCCUCAACACUUGACCAUUGGAAAGAGAAAAAGUGUGACAUCUCAUAUCAAAGUCCAACGUGGGAGCACCCAUUACAGACUGAACUUUCUGUGCCGGACCAUGACUGGCCAUCAGACUAUUGUCAUAGCCCAAGAAAAAAGUCACAGCUGCAUAGUUGUCUAG